UGCCUGUUUAAAUGGGAGGCGCUGAGGUUGUGAUGCGGUUUGAUUGACGGCUCUGUUCGCUAAACUUUGUUCGCUGUUGUUAGCGGCGGAUUCACUGCGUGUAAUUAUUUUAUUUAUGUGUUGGUGAAGCAUUUCGCUGCGGUAAAAAUGUAUCCAUGUCGGGAAUAAUCUAAAUUAAACACGUUUCUGCUUCAGUUUUAAACUCUGUUAGUUUAUGUUAGCUGUUAGCUAGCACGGCGACUCAGCUGCUGUGAGUGUGUGAUGUUGGGGGGAAGUGAGGCGGCUCUGCGGGCAAUGAGCUCCGGGAUGGGACUCCCUGACGGCGCCCGGUUUGGUAACAGGGCCUGCGAAACCCAGGUAGUUAUUAGCGGAUCGGAGAUGGACUCUGAGUCCGGGGAGGAGGAGGACAUGGCGGUGUCUGGCGGGGAGAGGAGAGGGGUGAAGCGUGAGAGAGCCGAGCCGGAGGCCGGAGCUGCGGCGGCUGGGUUCAGUGUCGCGGGCGGUGUAGCCGGAGCUAAACCGGGCAAAAAGACCCGAGGACGGGUCAAGAUUAAGAUGGAGUUUAUUGACAACAAGUUGAGACGGUACACGACUUUUAGCAAAAGGAAAACUGGUAUCAUGAAGAAGGCAUAUGAACUGUCAACUCUGACUGGUACUCAGGUGUUGUUGUUGGUGGCCAGUGAGACGGGUCAUGUUUACACGUUUGCGACUCGGAAGCUGCAGCCGAUGAUCACCAGUGAGACAGGAAAAGCACUGAUCCAGACAUGUCUGAACUCUCCAGACUCACCGCCUCGUGCAGACUCCUCCACUGACCAACGCAUGAGUGCCACUGGUUUCGAGGAAACGGACCUGACCUACCAGGUGUCUGAGGCAGAUGGGUUGCCUGAACCAAAGGACCUGAUGAAACCAACAUUCAAUCCAGUGAAUGUGUCCACAGUCUGCACCAGCAGCACCAGUCAGUCCUCACCCACCCAGUCUCCUUCUUCGUUAGCUGUUAUACAGACACAGAGCACUGGACCACCUCUUUCCAGCUGGCCAGUAUCAACAGGCAUGAACUCGCACAGUGUGGCUAACUCUAACAGCACAGUGCUGAAGGCAGGGGGAGCUGCAGCCGGAGUGGUGCAGUUACCUGGGGCGUUUGCACUCAUGUCUGGUGGUCCAGGAUCUCAGCAGCUGCAGACCAUCCAAGUCCACACAAGCCCUCCAAGUGGUGACAGCAGCCCUGAGAUUAUCCAGAAUUCUACCAGCCCUACUAUAAGUCAGACUGCUGUAAUGACAUCUGUGCCUUCCUCGCUGGCGGGGCAUGUCAUGUAUCCCAGUGCAGUGAUGUAUGCCGCAUCCUCCUCAUCACUGCCAGACAGAGGCCUCACGGUGCUGAACCCAUUUACCUCACCUGCCACAGCCAUGCAUGUGGCACACAGCCAGUCGCAAGAGUCCGGUGCAGUUCCACAGAUGUUCCUCACAGGUCCUCAAGGAACUGUACAAAUUCCUGUCUCUGCUGUCCCUCUGCACUCGAUGCUGAUAAACCAGCAGCCCGGCGGCAGCAGUAGCCCUGCGACUCUAACUGAACUCCGGGUGGUCAACUUGGACAGUACAAAAGGAGACUGACCUGAACCGCUUAUCGAUUUGACUGCAAUUUCACUCAGCCAUGUCAUCAGACUUGUAUUUAUUAUUGCAUCUCUGCUGUAUCUGGGCAUUCUGACUGAACUGACGGAUGAUCAGAUGGUGUGAAGCAGGAUAACGGAGUGCAGAAACGAGACAGAUAAUCAUGGAUACCAUUCUCCUUUUCUCCAUUCAUAUGAUGGAGCAUCCCAUGCUUUCACCACUGGUGCUGUUGGUUCAGCCUUUGUCCAAAGGUGCAUGUGGUUGGAGUUGGAGCAUAUGCAGAUAUUUGAAUGCUUGUGAAUGGCUGAAUGAUAAGACAAUGGUUUAGUUUGCUUUCACUUAAAAUAUUACUGCUGAAAAAUAACUGUUCAAAACCAUAUGUUAAUAAUAAGAGCACAUUUGUUUGACUUAUUAAGUCUCGCAGGGAACUUAAUCACUUUCUGUCGCCACGCUAGGUUGGAUGUGCAGAAAACAGGUUGUGGCCUUGGGGCAGUUUUACCAGCUCCUUUAUUGGCCUGUAUCAAAGAGGCUUCAUUCCGUUCAGUUUAAAGAUGUGCCAAACUCUCAGCUUUAAUCUGGUAUUUUCAGUGCCUGAUGGAUUUAAAUCCAUCUAGUUGUAAAUUCCAUCCUGUGAUUCUGUUCAUUAGUGGCUUUCAUUUGAAUUUUCAGUUUAGCUACAGUUGCACCGAAUGAUCUGUGGUUCUUCAUUACUUAAACAGAGCAGUCUCUGCACCACAUCAGUAUCUAAACUAGUAUGUAAACUGUAACUUUAUCAGUGAACAACUACAGCUGAUAUGGGAAGAAAAGUGUUAAUCUAAUAUAAUAAUAAAAAAUAUUAUUAUAAUGAUGAUAAUUACAAAUUUUACUCCAGCACUCAGGUUUAUUUUACCCUAAAUCAUUUACAGAUUAUUUGGGUCAGUUCUGUUUCAGGUCAGAUUUAAUAAAAUGUUCCCUAAUCACCUUAGGUACACAACAUUUUCAGGAAAUUGUAUUUUACAGAUGCUGGACAAAUCUUAAGGCUUGUACCUUCAUUAGUUACUAGGGCCCAAUUCAUGGGUAUCUGAAAACUUUUAAACAGAAAAAAGAUUUACCUUCUGUUGAUUAUGAAAAUAUUUCUGUCUGCCCAGGGACGAAAACGCUUUCAUGAGUAAAGGCCUGUAGAGGGCGACAGUACCUCAUAACAAGUGAUCAGAAAAUGCUUCACAGUAGUCCCUGUAUAGUGUUUUAUGCUAAUAACAAAAUUCCAAGAACAAUAUUUACGUUUAUUUAUAGGGAAAUCUAAAAUCUACUGCUGUCUGCAUGUAGAUGUUGUUUUAUGUUUUAUGCAGUUCACUAGAGGGAGUGAGAAGGUAUAGGUUAUUCAGUCAGAAGCGGGCAUUUGUUGUGACGUCAGCAUUCUCUGAAACAAUUAUCCACUUUUGAUGGGGAAAAAACAAAAGACCAAAAGACAAACUGUUUAUAAAAGAACUCAGAUGUGUGUGGACAAGGCCAGAGAGAUGGAGGCUUUCGAAAAGUGUGUCACUGAUUCUCAUAAAAAAAUUUGGUAGAACUGAAAUUUGACUUAAUUUUGAUGUCAUUAAUUUUUGAGAUCGUUCUCAUAUCAGUUCAGUUAUGGUGUGCCAUAUCAAAAAUAAAUCCCCAGGACUGUCAGAUUCAGGAUAUUUUAAGGCCACACUUCCUGAAAAACUAUCAGCAUUUUUUUAUUAUGAUCAAUCACAGAAAACAUAAAAAGCUUAUUAUUGUAACAACAGUAAAAGAAAUAAUGUUUUUUAAUCAGGGUUUUGUUCAUGCCUAAUCUCAGUCCAGACAAAAAAACAACUUGCUUUAUUUAAGGAAUUACAAUUGUGAAAAAACACAUUGUGAAGACAUCAAAAGAUCAGUCAUCAGAACUUUAUUAAUUAAAUAUGACAACUGCGUUAGCAUUGUAAAAUAUACCUAGUCUGAUCUCGUUUAAUGUGAUAGAGAGAAACACUUCUGCCAUCAACUUAAUGUUGAUGAGAUAUUUUGUAGUUAUUGGACUUUUUGUUUUGUUUCAUAUGUUUUGUCUGAAUUGCCCAUCACCUCCUCACCUCUUCAAUAAUGUUCCACCCAGCUUUUGCCAACUAGUGUCAAGUUUUAACAGAUUGAGACAACAGACCCAAUGGUCAGGGCUGUGUGUUAGCAAGAACGUAGUGAUACAGUACAUAUGACAAUACAGGGGUUAUGAAUGGAUAUGCAAUAAAGUCAGCAAAGUUAUAUAUUGUAAUUUCUUUAAAUUUAAAACAUGUAUUUAAUUAAAAUAACUUUUUACACAAACUGAACAGUACAGAACAAUCUGAAUACAGAGUACUGCUGUCUAGUGGUUGAGGUUUAAAAAUGGCACAAAACAAACCACUGUCUGCACCGAAACUGUUAAUUAAAAAUUAUUGGGCUGACAAUAAUUCAAAAUCAACAUAUAGAUCCCAAUAGAAAAUGAUUGAUAAAGUGUAAAUUACAUUAAAUGGCACCUAAUUAUUUCAGUUUUUAGGUACAGAUACUUGGUAAUUCUGCUGUCGUGACUGUUAAUAAGAAAUAUUAAUUUCUUCAUAUAUAUAUAUAUAUAUAUAUAUAUAUAUAUAAUCAAUUUUGCCCAUUUUUGUCAGUCCUGUUGCAAAAAUAAAUUUUGCAGUCCUUGGGUUUUUCGAUAUUCUCUUACACCCUAACAGAGACCUAUGAUUUCAAAUUCAUAGCAACAAAGACCCUCGUUAUAGAGGCUUUUAAACAAAAAGACAGAUGUAAUUUUUUACAUCAGCUGACAUUUAAUAGUAAAAAACUGCCGCCCUGAAAACUCACUGAUUUACUUCCUAGCUGUUAGCUUGGGGACAGUGAGUGUGUAGAGAGCUUAUUUAAUGUGAGAGGUAUAUUCUAUCAUAUCUCCAAGACUUGCUUGCAUUCUGUGUCUAGCUGUGCUUCUUACUGUCGGAUCUUACUAAUGCAUAAAGACUGUUUAGAAUGAAGACAACCAGUUCAAAGACUUUCUAAUGAUGUGUCCUGAAGUUUGGAUACAUUGCAUGCAAUGCAUGGUGGUUAUUGUAGUGAGAUAUCAAUAAACAAGGACACAAAGUAUAUAAUUUCCUGCUCUGAUGAGGCUCAAAACACAAAGCUGCUCUAUAGGAUCUCUCACAGCGCCACACUGUGAAUUUUAGGCCGGAAUGUCCCUGUAAAGGAAAAGGGGUCUAAUUUUGGGACAUACAAGUUGUAAUUCAUUAAUAUUCAGUUUGGUUUGAAUAUUUAUGCACUUCAUUUAUGUUUCCUUCAUUUAUCAUCUGUUUAUGCUUUACGCACACUAUUAUCAGCAGUGUUGAAGAACUGUGUGUGUGUGUGAACAUUAAAAAGACUGAAUGUAAUGUGCCA